AAAAAAUUUCAAUUUAUUUAUAAAUACCUCCUCUGAGCAUCCCAAUAUACCUGCUCUUAGAGGCGGGCAGGCGCACUGCUUAAGCUUAUAAGACCAACUAGCACACCCACCAAACCGCGCCAUUGAUCUCACCAACCAAACAACUUGGCACUACCUGCGACACGCCGAGGAGCUACAGCAGCAGCGCGCGUAUUUGCCGGAGCGGCCAUGUCGGGGAUUGGGAAGGCGAGCGACCCGGGGUCAGCGUGGUUCGGCGGCGGCGGCAGCGGCCGAAGCCCGUCGGCUGGGCUGGGCCACAACGUGCGGUUCGUCACCGCCGCAGUCGCCGCGUUCGUGUCCGUGCUCGGCCUCGCGCUCUUCCUGCACCUCUAUGUCUGCCACGUCCGCCGCCGGAACCGGCGGCGCGGGGCCAGCGCGGCGGCCGUGCUUCCGACCACCGCGGCCGCGGCCCCGAAGGGCGGGCUGGAUCCCUCGGCCAUCGCAGUGCUGCCGACCGCGGCGUACGGGAAGGAGGUGGGCGGCGACGCGGGCGGCUGCACCGAGUGCACCAUCUGCCUCGGCGUCAUGCAGGAAGGGGAGGCGGUGCGGGUGCUGCCCGCCUGCGGCCACGUGUUCCACGUCCCCUGCGUCGACCUCUGGCUCGCGUCCAGCUCGUCGUGCCCGGUCUGCCGCGCCGGGGUGGAGCCGCCGCCGCCGUGCUCGGCGGGGUGGGUGCAGGGGAAGCUGCAGGACGCGGAGAAAGAGGAGGCGGGCAGUUCGGCGCCGGCGCGGGGGAUCGGUGCGUCGCUGAUGAAGAUGCUGAGCAGGGAAAGGCCGUCGCCACGGAGGCCACAGGGCGCCGACGCCGACGCCGGGGAGUUGUACGACUUGGAGCGGCAGCAACCGCAGCCGCAGCACGCUGUGGAUAAUUAGUCUGCUUUGUCUUCUUCUUUUCUUUUUUUUUUUUACUUUUUACCUUUCAGUUUUGACAUUUUCCACGUCACUUGUACAUCCAGCACAUGCGUGAGUGAUUCAGUACCAAGAAAAGUGUGUGAGCUCUUAAAUUUUUUAGUGAAUGUAAGGGCAUGUUUGAAAAGGAGUGAUCUGGAUAUAAA